AUGGAGGCCGAGGGCCUCGCGCGCAAGGAGAAGGGCAACGCCGAGCUCGAGGCGACCAAGGCCGAGCAGCGCGCCAUCGGCACCAAGGACCAGGUCAAGGGCAACAUCAAGGAGGCCGCCGGCAACGUGCUCGGCAACGAGCAGUGGCAGGCCGAGGGCAAGGCCGACCAGCUCAAGGGCGACGCCCGCAAGGCCGUCAACCAGUAG